AUGUCUUCGUCUAGUAGUUUAGAGAAGGAGAUAGACGAGUACCAGGACGAUUCUUUUGGGAGUGAGGGUAGUGAUGAAAGUAGUGUAGAUAGCUCGUCUUGUAGCGAUUCCUCAGACGAGCAUUAUUUGUCUGGGGUUCCUGGCAUUCCCUUGGAGGAAUUUCAGGAACUACAACCUGCAUCUUUGGGAUCCAACUCUCUUAAAGAAUAUCUAAAAAGAUAUGGAAUCAAUGAUGAAGAGGAUAAAAAGAAAAAGAAGAAGAAGAAGAAGAAGGUCCAAAGUAAACCAAAUGCAACAGGUCUUUUAGUUGUGGAUGAAGAUCUAGUUUGGCUGAAAAUAGUCAAUUUGGAAGAGGAAAACAGCGGCGAUUCAGCUGGUAGCCGAUUUGGAAAGGGAAAUCCAAAGCCAGAAAGAACAUCGGCUCGUGUACUCGUGUACAGGAAGAGGAUGGAAAGAACACAAGAUUAUCUAAGGUACUGUCUCCAAAUAGCACAAGAGAAUGGAUUCUUGCACCUCAUUAUAAACAACAAAAAUGAUCAACAAGAAGGUGUUCUUUACUCCAAUAUUAUUGAAUUGCAAGAAAAGCUAACACAGGGAAGUACUGCGGAUAUUUACAGAGGAACUUGGCAUGGACUUGAUGUUGUGGUGAAGUGUCUAAACCCUGAUUAUUUUCAGACUUUGAAUGGGAACGAGUUAUUGGGCAUGACACUGAAGGAAUGGCUACAUGGACCAAGUAAGAGGCGGAAAGAGAGGAUGGUUCCCCUUCCUCCAAUUGAAGAGAGGUUAGCUCGGGCAUUGGAGAUUGCUCAAGCAAUGCAGUAUCUCCAUGGAAAAAAGCCUAAGGUUAUUCAUCACGACUUGAAGCCUAGCAACAUUUUCUUGGAUGAUUCCAUGCACGUGAGAGUAGCAGAUUUUGGUCAUGCCAGGUUCUUGAAUGAAGAGGAGAUGGCGCUCACUGGUGAAACAGGCAAGAACCUGUAUCAUUUUUGCACCAUAUUCCUCUUGGGAGCAUUGUAA